UACUCAUGGUAGCCAUACUGGCUGAACGUUACCGAAGACAUAGCGAAAAUGAGUGCCAGAGUGUAUGUCACAUCGAGAUUAUUUCGUUCAUAACAGAGGUUUUAUUUUGACAGGGUGUUUCGUGAAAAGCCUGUGCGGUGUCCAGCAUGCCGUACCGCUCCUGAGGAAAGUCAAUAACAGUAGAUCCGACGGCGGGACCGUGUAAGAUCAGAAAUAUUGCCCCUCGGGUCGGUACGAGUUGCUGCAUGUGUCAUUUCGCGAGACUUACAGUUUAACGCACGUUCCGAGUCUUACGCUGUGCUGUGUAUCACUGGACAGAUGCAAGAUUGAGACUGUUUUUUUACCAAUGAAUUUGGCCGUGUCGGUCCAUACGGUGUUAAGUGUGCUCUUUUAAUUAUCGCGUGUGUGAUGCCUGGGAGUCGCUCCAGCACCGAUCCAGAACACAAGUCACCGCGGGAAAGUGGUGAGGAUUCCGAGGAUGAGAGUGAGAUCCUGGAAGAAAGCCCCUGUGGGCGCUGGCUGAAACGUCGGGAGGAGGUGUACGUCGGUACGAAAUCGGCGAUGGCUGAAGGUACGAAUUUCGGAGCGGCUUCCAGAAGCGGUGAAAACGAAAUCACUGAGACGGAGAUGGAACAACGUGAUCUUCCUGGCAUCGAUUGUGCGUACCUCGCGAUGGACACUGAAGAAGGUGUUGAGGUCGUUUGGAACGAAGUUCAGUUCUCUGAGCGUAAAAAUUUCAAAGCUCAGGAAGAGAAGAUACAACUGGUGUUCGAGAAUCUCACACAAUUGGAGCAUCCAAACAUCGUCAAGUUUCACAGAUAUUGGACGGAUACGCAUAAUGACAAGCCUCGGGUUAUAUUUAUAACGGAGUACAUGUCCUCCGGAUCCUUAAAACAGUUCCUAAAACGAACGAAGCGCAACGUGAAGAAGUUGCCGUUGCAAGCGUGGAAACGAUGGUGCACGCAAAUACUCUCAGCGUUGAGCUAUCUGCAUUCCUGCUCGCCGCCCAUUAUCCAUGGGAAUCUGACCUGUGACACGAUAUUUAUCCAGCACAAUGGACUCGUAAAGAUUGGCUCAGUGGCACCGGAUGCGAUACAUCAGCACGUGAAAACUUGCCGAGUAAACAUGAAGAACAUGCACUUUGUUGCCCCCGAAUACGGAAAUCAAUUGACGCCCGCAAUAGAUAUAUACUCGUUUGGAAUGUGCGCCCUGGAGAUGGCUGCGUUAGAGAUCCAAGGAAAUGGUGACUCUGGUACAGUCGUUACCGAAGAGCACAUCAAGAAGACAAUAGAAUCGUUAGAUGAUGCACAGCAGAAAGACUUUAUACGGAAAUGUCUUCAGGUGGACCCGCUCAGCCGACCUAGUGCGAGGGAACUUCUAUUUCAUCCCGUCCUCUUCGAAGUCCAUUCGCUCAAGUUACUUGCGGCUCAUGCGCUGGUCAAUUCAGCCACUAACAUCUCGGAAACUAUAACGGAUGAGGUGCUGCAGAGGUUAUAUGGUCCGGACACUGUUGUAGCUGAAAUUAAAUAUCAGGGUCGAUCUCCGCAACAGAUCCGGCUGAGCGACAUACCGGUCGCUGAGAAGCUGGAGAAAUUUGUGGAGGAUGUCAAGUAUGGAAUAUAUCCGUUAACGGCAUUUAUGGCGAAAUUACCGCCGCCUGCUCGUCCCAGAGCGAUAUCACCCGAAGUCACCGAAUCUGUGAAGUCGGUGACACCAGAGCCGGUCGACGUAGAGUCUCGUAGAGUAGUUAAUAUGAUGUGUAACGUUAAACCUAGGGAAGAAAGUAGCGAACUACUUAUGACAAUAUUAUUACGUAUGGAUGAUAAAAUGAAUAGGCAAUUAACGUGCCCAGUUACGCAGACAGAUACGUCGAUGCUUCUCGCCCAGGAACUUGUACAUUUUGGAUUUAUUAACGAGAAUGAUCGCGACAAAAUAGGCAAUUUAAUUGAGGAGGCACUGAGAAGCUGUUUAAACAAGCAAAUGAUAAAUCCGGGUAUGGUGUCCCUGACUAAUCUUCCUUCGCAAACGACGUUGUUAUUAUCCGGUUCGGAGUUUCCGUGCGUGUCGCAUCUGAACAAUUCUCUGGGUAACGUUACGACGUCAAGCAGUGAUAGCGUGACGAGUCAGCUGCCAAAAAAUUCUUCGGUUGGACCUUCCGGUUCGAAUAGCAGCAAACCCUGCAGAAAUAACGAGGAACCAGAACCGCCGACGAUCACUGAGAGCGGCAGUUAACCAUCCAGGAUUUCUGGUAAUUCAGUUCACUGUGCCACUUUGCACGCUCUAUGUAUAGACUGGCUAUGUAUUUUUAUAUUUAAGUAAAGAAAGCGCAACGGACGAUUAUGCGAUUAUACAGUAUAUAAGGGAGUUUAAUUAGAUUGGCAGGGACAGAUUGUGAGAGGAGGGUGCCGUGGCUGAUAACCAUAAGUAGAAAUAUCAAUGCGAUACAACUAUGUGCCGAUUUUUUUAUUAAAAGUAUUUAAGGGACAAGCGAAUGAAAAUGAGCGUAGGGUAAUCUUAACGAAAACGUGGUUAUUGCGAUGGCUCACAAUUCGUAGGUUUGCGUUUGCGACAAUUAUGUCAACUGGUUCACUCGCUAUUCUCACUUCUUGCUGUUAUAUAUUUUCACGAUAAUUAUGACGAAUGCUAAUCGUUUUGUUUUCUUCUUCUUUGCGCGUCGUUGUUAAUCUUUACCGGAUCUUUGAAUGUCGAAUUGGACGUAACGAGAAUCAUUCGGCGACGCGACGCAAGUGCGAGAGUCAUUUGUCACACUAAAGCAGUGAGAACUAGUUGAUACACGAUAUUAAUAUAGGAAUACUUAGUCGAUGAGUAGAUUAAUAGAGAGUGGGGUAGGUCCGGAUACGAAAGAAUGCGGCAAGUGUUUCGAUGAGCGUGAACGAUGCGACAUUCUAAUGGAAUAUGCAGAUGACGGACAGACGACCAGAAGUAAAUAUAUCAUUGUUUAGCCGCAAAGAGAAACAUGUAAUUGACUAUUAGUUUAUUUAUUGUCCAAAGCAGAGGAAUGUAAUUUUUUUUAAUUGACUCUGAAGAAUUAAAAACAGCGUUGGCAAAAAGUAUAUCGCAUUAUACUGAAUAACGACGUUGUGUAGACGUAAAAAAAUAUUACAGAUGAGAAAACGUAAAAAUAAUAAGGGUUGGGUGGGGAGGGUAUAUUAAAGUCACUACUCGUAUGUACGCCUAAAUAUCUGCUAAAGUAUUUCCAUGAGUGGGCUGUCGAGCGACUUUCAUUACUUUGAAGGAUCAAUAAAUAUCGUCAUUCCGCACCUACCGUAGACUCUCUUGAUGUGCACAAUGUUUUUUGUUUUUAUGAUAAAAAAAGAAAAGUGCUGUCUGAAGUGAAGAAGGCUACAAUAGCAGCAAAAGAAUGUCAACGUAGUGGGAUUUCUCGAUUAGCCAUGCGUCCCUGCACGCGUCGGAAUUGACGUGUGAGAUGACGGCUAUGAACGGUGCUUAUUGUAAUUUUGUAAUCUUUUUUUUUUCCUUUUUUUCCUCGUUACGGUGGUUACAUGAGUCUGCACCGAGAGUGAAGGAGAAAGAGAAAGAGAGAGAGAGAGUGAGAGAAAGUAAACUAGCCACGGCCCUGCUGUUCUUGGGGUAUUAUUGAUGUGAUUCAACCAAGGUUAUUAAAAAAAAAAUCUCGAUAUAAAAAUUAGCUGAAAUCCUUGUAAAUAAUUUAUAUUUUUAAGAAAAAUCUGUUGACACAGAAAACUAGUCAUAUAGGUAUAUUCGAGUGCUAACGAACUAACACCGACCUUGUUACGUCUUUUGCAUUUAUAACACCCGCUUAGACCAUGAGAAAAGAAAAAACAACAAAAAUUGCUGCUCCCAUUUCGUACCUCCGUUAAAUCAAGUUCAGUGGCGCAUUUUUUCGACUAAGCGAACGACUAACCAUAUUAGCGGUAAUUAUUACCAACAACAUAAACUUCGACCUUAAGUAUGUAAGUAGGUUAUGACAUUAAAUUCAAUGUAUAGCUUUAUAAUAAUUGAAAUUAUAAUGACAAAAAGCGACGACUGAAUUAUGGAUAUUAUGAAAGGGCUGUAUGAUAACAGUGAUAAAUAAAUACUGUAACGCGGAGGACGUAUGUA